GGAGACCCCGGCUGCUGCCAGCUUUGAAGCCCUGUCCGCCGCCACUAUGAGCGGACGGAGUAGGGGUCGAAGGUCUUCCCGCACCAAAGGCCGGGGCAAAGGUCGGGCCAGAGCCCGGGUGCGCCCCGCUGCAGAUGAUGCCUGGCGCGACGAGAAGCCGCCAGAGAGCCCGCCGCCCGAGGAGGACGACGAGGCCGCGGACGCGCAGGCCGGGGCUGCUCGGGGAGGCGCGCAACCAGCCGAUCCCAGGGAAGACCUCCGCGUCCCGCUGGACUGCGGCCUGGCCCUGCGGGCACGGGCUGCGGGCGAGUGCGGGCUGGCGGCCACUGACCCGGGCCUGGAGAGGGCCACAUCCCUCGCCGAGCGCCUGACCAGCGACACCGGUUUUGUGGGAACCGUGGGAGCCUUGGCGAGGCUGCGACACAGCUGCCGCCUAGGAAAUCGGCGAGUUCCCCGGAGAAGGGCCCUAGAAACUCGGAGCGCGGCGGGGAGGGGACCUCAGGCCACAGUCAGUGGGAAGCCAAAGAUGAGCUCUGCGGGGCCUUGUAUCGCUGUCCCAGCGGGGGAGGAAAAGAAGGUGGCAGAGAAGCAUGCUGGGGCAGGGUCCACCAUGAUGAUAGGGAGCAUGGAUACCCUGGAGACUGUCCAGCUAAAGCUGGAGACCAUGAAUGCGCAGGCUGACAGGGCCUAUCUCAGGCUUACCCGCAAGUUUGGCCAGUUGCGACUUCACCACUUAGAACGCCGGAACCUCCUCAUCCAGAGCAUCCCCGGCUUCUGGGGGAAAGCUUUUCAGAACCACCCCCUGCUGUCAUCUUUUCUGAGCACCAGAGAUAAGGAUGUGCUGACCUACAUGAACAGACUGGAGGUGGAAGAGCUUGGCCUCGCCAGAUUGGGCUACAAAAUCAAGUUCUACUUUAGCCCAAACCCCUAUUUCCAAAAUAAGGUGCUUGUCAAGGAGUAUGGGUGUGGGCCAUCUGGUCACGUGGUGUCUCGCUCAGCCCCCAUCCAGUGGCUCCCAGGGCAUGAUCUACAGUCACUAAGCAAGGAAAACCCGGGAAGCAAUGGGAGCUUCUUUGGGUGGUUUUCCAACCACAGCUCUAUUGAGUCUGACAAGAUUGUUGAGAUAAUCAACGAGGACCUGUGGCCCAAUCCUCUACAGUAUUACCUGAUCACUGAAGAAGCCCGUGGAGAGAAAGGAAAAGAAGAAAGGCCAGGUCCAGCAAAGCGGCGAGCGGAGGCCCCUGGGCCUGGAGUGAGACAGCCCAACUGAUUCUCCACUACCUCCUGCUGGACCCGUUAGGCUGGCCACGUGGGUUUUGUUGUCUGCCUUCUGUUCAUGCUGUCUUAUGUACACUUUGGACUUACAUUCAAGAAUGUGACAUUUGUGAUCAUGUUCCUUGCUUCCCCGUGGCCUUGUCACAACAGUAUCCCAUGUGUGAUUCCUCUCACUGCUUGUAUAUUAAGCACUUCAAAUGUAUGCAGCUUUUCUCUACACUUGCCGGUCCCUGUCCUUACCUUCCCACCUGUCAUUGAUGUGGACAUUCAGACUCGUCUCCGGAUGGAUACUCGAGCUAUGCUGCUUCGUGGCCAGUCAGCUGGGCUUUGUGGCCAUUUCAGCUGUGCAUGUUAUCGACGGCAAGGUUUUCUAUUGCCAUCACAAAAUGAAGCCAGUGCACGUGGCGCUGGCCAUCAGCCAAACGUUAUUGCUCUGUGGGUCUGGAGGCACCAACGAAGGUUCUUCCUAUCUUAUUUCCAGCUUCUGCCUAGGGUCCAGCAAACUACUCGGUGUCCCUUCUUGCCUCUGGGCCAGGCUACAGGUCUGGGUGUCCCUUCUUGCCUCUGGGCCUUC